GGAAGUCUAAGGCCAGGCGAAGUGAAGCCAUUUGAUUUCUCAACAGAGAAUAUUUUGAUAUCAAAUACAGAUAUUCAGAUGAGCUGCUUUCAUUUUUAUCAAAGGUGUAUUAAGGGCAGAGCGUCACGUGACUGUCUUUGUGUCGGAGGGGUCAUGUGACCUGGAGGCUAAAAACAGACCUGAGGUCAGAUUACAGCCGCAGGACGCAGCAUGGAGGACGCCUGCAGUACAAGGAUGCUGAGAGGCAGGAAGAGGUCGUCCUGUUCAAACUCACUGUGACACCAGAGGAAGUGCUCAGCAGGAAGUGGUCAGCAGGAAGUGAUCAGCAGGAAGUGAUCAGCAGGAAGUGGUCAGCAGGAAGUGAUCAGCAGGAAGUGGUCAGCAGGAAGUCAUCAACAGGAAGUGGUCAGCAGGAAGUCAUCAACAGGAAGUGGUCAGCAGGAAGUCAUCAACAGGAAGUGGUCAGCAGGAAGUGGUCAUCAUGGUGGUUGUGGCCUGCAGUUCUGUGAGCUCCAUCAAAGCCUUGUGGGAAACGAGGAUCAAGAGAGUCCAGGUGGAGAAGGAGGAUCAGAAGAGGAGCCGGAGGAGCAGGCUCAGUGUCGGUGCCUGGGAGGACCGGGCAGUUCUGGCCCGGCUGAAGGAGAAGCUGCAGACCGAAGAGGGACGGCUGGUCCUCCGGAUCGAGCAGGAGGACUGGAAGUCGCUGCCCGGCUGCUUGAUCCAGUUCACCCAGGUCCAGGAGUGGCAGAUCCACCGGACUGGCCUGCAGAAGAUUCCUCAGUUCAUCUCCAGCUUCCAGAACCUCAUAGUCCUGGAUCUGUCCCGUAACGGGGUCUCAGAGAUCCCCAAACCCAUCGGGAAGCUGACCCGCCUCAGGGAGCUGCUGCUGAGCUACAACAGGAUCGAGUCUGUUCCCGAAGACCUGAGCGGCUGUGAGAGUCUGGAGAAGCUGGAGCUGGCCAUGAACCGGGACCUGAGUGAGCUGCCAGACCAGCUGAGGAACCUGAAGAAGCUGCAGCACCUGGACCUCUCCAUGAACGCCUUCAGUCUCAUGCCGGACUGCCUGCUCGACAUGCCGGCUCUGGAGUGGCUCGACAUGGGGGGAAACUGCCUGGAGUUUUUACCUGAUGACAUCGACAGGAUGGAGGCGCUGCACACUCUGUGGCUGCAGAGGAACCAGCUGCAGAGACUCCCGGAGAACAUCAUCCGGAUGCAGAACCUGGACACGCUGGUCCUCAGCAGCAACAGACUGUCAGACAUCCCUCCGCUGAUGGAGGACAUGUCCAGACUCCGCUUCGUCAACUUCAGGGACAACCCUCUGACUCUGGAGGUGACGCUGCCCUGUAGGAGGAGGAGCAGCGAGGAGGAUGAGGAGGAGGAGGAGGAGGAGGAGGAGGACAGGGAGAUGUUUGGAAGAGAGUUCAUGCAGGUUUACAUCCAGGAGGCCAGGAAGAGAGCGCACGCCGCGCUCAACAUGCACCGUGUCAACAGCUAGCAUCAUUCACCUAAACAUCUGUUUGACAGAGACUCUGACACGAGCCAAAACCCUACAUUACUGCGGUCUCAAACUGUGCAUGAAUGUUGCUUUUACAGGGGCUCUAAUCUUAUUCUAUCAGAGUCUCUCCUGGGACAUGUCUCCAUGCUCUGUGUCUCUCCUGGGACAUGUCUCCAUGCUCUGUGUCUCUCCUGGGACAUGUCUCCAUGCUCUGUGUCUCUCCUGGGACAUGUCUCCAUGCUCUAAUGUUCAGAAAGCUCUUUAUUUUCCUGUGUUGCAGCACCUCUUUUUAUCCACCAGAGCCCCGUCUGCUCUGAUUGGCUAGCUGGCCUGCUCCAUGGUGAUUGGUCAACCUGCUUAGAGGUUGUCCCGCCUCUUAGCCUAUCAGGUACACUGUACUGGAGCGCUUGCCAAUAGGAGCGUGAGUGUUCCAUAGUGAUGUCACUAUGUUUCGGAACUUUGGGCUUUUAUCCUUUGCAGACCCGUUUACAUGCACCUAUAGAACACACCACAGGAGAGGGGAACGGGGCCUCUGUUCGUGUUUGGUUUCUAACGCCUGUGCCUCUCCAGGGACUUUUUACAUUUUCUAUAAUGUUGUAUGUCCUUCAUCAAGUGUUUGUUAACUCCCGUAAAAAGUGUAUAAUCUCACAUUGUGUUGAUUCCACAGAAUAAAAAUGUAGUGAUGUAAACAAACAUUUAGGGGAAUCCUUCUCAGAAUAAAUGAUCAUUUGCAAUUUAUGAUCAGGGCUGAAGUUGGACAUUUUGUGCAAAUUUUAAAAAAUGAGAAAUAAAAGGAUUGAUUUCAA